ACCCGUAUUGCGCAUGCGUUGUGCUUAUCGACCACGCCGUUUUUCUUGUGUGAACCGACGGUCUCAGUUCUCGUCUCAGGUAGCCGUGAUGGGUCAUCAAAACGUGUGGUACAGUCAUCCUAGAAAGUACGGUCCAGGAUCACGACAAUGUCGUGUGUGUGCUAACAGGCACGGUCUCAUCAGGAAGUAUGGGCUCCACAUGUGCCGGCAGUGUUUCCGAGAGAAUGCUGCUGAGAUUGGGUUCCUAAAGGUGGGUAUACUGAAGCAUGUCUCAAGAUACAUCAUAUAGGAUGAAUUCUCCCCUGUCAAAAGAAUGCGUGCUUUAUUAACUGUUCCCUUGUGUGGGUGUUUAAUGACGAAGGGCAUAGUUUGUGGUUCAAACGAUGGGGUGGGGGGUCUAGUGAACCUACAGACGUAUGUAUUUCAAGUGUGGUGUAGUAUGUAUAUUUACGUGUUUCAGUGAUUUGCUAUGCAAUAUUGAUCCAGACAGGGUAGAUACACAUAGUCACUUGGGUAGUGAGAGUGUGUUAUUGUGUGGUGCGUGGCAUUCGUUGUAGUAUUGUUUGUUUUGUUCACUUCUACAGAUGCGGUGAUUCAAUGUGUACAGAGUACAUACACUUCAGCGUUUGCAGACCACUUUGAACUAUGAUUAUUGAUUCCGUAUUGUUGAGUAAAAUUCCAAGAUUGAUGGAAAACACCUCAGAUUUCUCAAUGCCAGAUUUUUAUUUGCUGGGCACAGCCAAACUGUAAUUUUAGGCAGGGAAAGAUGGGAGUUCAGACUGGACAGAAGAGGAGGAAUGAAUGGAUAGACUGGG